AUGGUGAACCAUAACGGUGGUGAUCGGUUGGCUGUGCAGUCGCGGCAGAGUGCCCCCGGCAUCGACGGCAUUGACACGCGGCGGUGCCGAUCGCGCGGGAAGGAAUAUCAUGAGACCGAGGCUUGCUUGCUGCGCCCGCACACUUGGAGAGCACGCGACGGGUGGACGUCGUGCAGCUCGUCGGGCACCGCGCAGCAGUUCUGGGCCGCGCCCUAUUCCAGCGGUCUACUGGAUGCUGUGCCACUGGCAACCAUCCUGGAAUGCACAAGCGCCAUUAGUACCGGCGGUGGCAUGCUCUUGCGGAUAGCGAUCAGCGGCAAGCGCGCCGACACAGCUCAUCCAAAACUUGCUCCACCGUUGUUGCGCGAGGAAGACGACAGCAUUUCGGCAGCUCAGACGCACGCCGCCGGCGUUGUCUCGCUCAUCCCCCAAAAGUGCCACAGUGAUGAUGGCUGCGCUCAAUACUCGGCGCCAGUCAAAGGUGAAGGCCGCGGAAAACCCGCCGUGAGGAAGAAGCGCGAGGUGCUCCACUGCUUCCCGCCUGCAGGUGCUGGCUGGCUGCGUAGCGGUCUGUCAUCUCCAUCUAAAUACCCGCUCCUCUCUCCGACCAUGGCGACGUACCAGCAGGAGGUCAAGACGCCCGUGACCGACACGCUGCAGAGCCCUGCGCGCGCCAACGUGGACAUGGACCACUACCAGUACCAGUCGCAGCCGGACUCGGCCUUCAAGGUGGACGUGGCCGCCAACAGCCAGGACGUGCUCAAGGAGGAGGCCGAGAAGGGCGGCAAGCCGCUCAAGAAGUUCCUGUGGUGGCGGAUCACCAAGAAGCAGCGCAUCUUCGCCAUCCUGGGCAUCGUCAUCGUGCUGCUGGUCGUGAUCAUCCUCAUCGUGUGGUUCGUGAUCGUCAAGGCCAUCUUCCAGCACAACGUCAACAAGAUCAACAUGACCGUCAACUACCUCGACAUCAACCAGAUCACGGACCAGACCACGCUCUCGAGCGAGCUGAGCCUGCGCCUCAAGCACGACCUGAGCAUGAACGCUCGCUCGGACUCCACCACGGCCAAGCUGCUCUACGGCGGCUCGACCUUCGCCACCUUCGAGUUCCCCGCGCUCACCAUCGACAAGGGCGAGCAGGAGUACGACCUCAACAUCACCAGCGACCUCGUCGUCACCGACGCCGACGUGUUCUCCGCCAUGUCGACGGCCGUCAUGGACGACGUCUCGGUGGUAUUCGACACGAGCGCAGAGGUCAAGGCACACGCUCUGGGCUUCAGCUACGGCGGGCUGGACUUCAAGCGCGAGCUCACCAUCGAAGGCUUCAACAACUUCCGAGACCCAUUGACGGUCAUCGACCACAUUGACUUCUGGGGCUGCACGGACGAAGGCUGGACCAUGGACAUCGACGUCAAUGUGACCAACGUCUCUCAAAUGGGACUCAAUGGCAUCGGAUACCUCAACUUGACGCUGUACGUCAACCAGGACUACCUGGGCUACUUGUCCGGCCUGACCCCUGACGUCGGCGUCCCGCGUGGCAUGAGCCAGCAGACCUUCCGGUUGUUCGUGGAGAUGGCCAACCGCGCGCACAUGGUCGAGAUGGUCACGGCGCUCAUUGACAGCUACGUGCAGUACUUCAUCACUGGCGAGAGCAGCUACGCGACCGAGUACACGCUGUUCAAGGACGCGCUGGCCACCAUGAAUAUGAGCAUCAUCUACGAGGACAGCACCGAGCGCAUCGACCUCAACACGUCGUGCAACCUCGCCACGCUCCUCACCGUUUGAGUGUGAUAUGUCAUCGAUACGGCAUGCAGUUCGUUUUUGCCAAGUAGGCAGAGUGAGUCGGCACGUUGCAGUCAUUGCCUAAGCAACGUGCGUGUCCAUAAUAACACCAAGAUAUGUAAGUUUCCG